AUGCCACGAGGAAAGUACAUGAAUAACAAAGGUCGUAUUCGCGAGUUCACGCCCGCGGAUGUUCUGCAGCAGGAGCGGGACAGAGUUCGCCAGGGCGAAAGGAGCAGCAAGGCGCCGGUCAAGAAUCAAGUGAAAGUCAAAUGCGAGGACAAGUGCAUUCGCAGCCAUGGUGCGCACAGCCUAAUUGAGAUCUCCAAUCCGAAUCGUUUGCCGCUCGGGAAGCCUUUGAGUCUUUUGAUAAGCAAUGCGACGGAAAAUCAGUUCUUUGAGGAGGACGAAGCCACCCAAAAGAGGCGGCGCGACAGGAAGGACAUGCAAUGCGAAAAUAUCCAUAGUAAGGAGGUUUUGGCCGAUCUCGCCAGAUUGGCAUUGGUUCGCAAGGAAAGGGAGGCGGCUGCCCAGCAGCGAUUGGCCGCAAAAAAAGCGACUGCUGGGGCCGCCUCCAACUCGGACACUUUCCUCAAGAAGAUCAGCCACAAGUCGUCAGAGGACUCGCCACCGGAGGUCCAGGGCCAGAGUAGCAAUCCCAUGGUAUAUCAGAGGAAUCCUCGCGCAAGAAGUAAUAUGAAAUAA